ACAGAGUGACAGACAACACAGCCCCUGCCUCCGCUCCGCUCCGCUCAGCGUAGUAGUGGAUAUCUUCUCAGUGAACGCGGAGCAGAGGCGAGCCAAACAGAGCCGCAUGCUCGCUGUGCAACAAGGCAAACGGGAGGAAAAUGGACCGCCGGACAGCACCAGCAGCAGCAGCAACAACCAUUGAGGACCGACACAGUUUUUAAGGGUCCUGUUAUAUCCGAGAGGACUCACGGUCAUGACGAAAUAGAAGCAUCAGUUGAGGCCCUCCAGCUGACCUCUGGGCCAAGUCCUGGGCUUUGUUGUUGGUGGGCCAACUGUACGGGGGUGUAUGUGACUGAGAGGUAAUGAAAUCCAGUAUGAGGCACUGGCGGAGGCUGGUGCUGGUUGGAAUGCUGGCUUGGGUUCUCCUCUUCUUCGCCCUCUUCUCCUACUUUCUGGAUGCUCGUGUGAAUGAGCCCCUGACCUCUGUCGGCUCUUUACUCUUCGAGCACCCUGACACCCGUCGCCUGACUUCUAUACAGGCCUCCCGUCAACAGCAUGCCGACCUGGGCUCCCGACCUGAACUGGCAUCCACCUUAACUACAACGUACCCUGGAGAUGAGCUGGAGCUGUCUGCCACCUCCACGACUCCGGAGCUCAGCCUGGAGGUGAGCCACGGCCCCAGCAGUGCUCCGGAUGCCAUUUAUGUUAGCCGGGAGACCAGCCACCAGGACAGCCUGGAUCCACAGAGCCUGGCUGCCUGGUCCUCCUUUGGCACUGAAAAUGUGGAUUCACACUCAGACCCUUCAUUCCAGAGUCGGGAGAGGACUUCUCGCCACGGUGGGGAGGAAGAAGAAGAAGAAGAAGAUGAGAGGGACAAUGAGGAACAAGAAAGUAGAAUGAGGACUACAGCCGGCAGAAGGGUCGGUGGUGAAUCUGCCAAUCUAGAGGAGUAUUACUUCUCCAAGUCGGCCUCUGUGUUGCAGCGGCUGUGGCGGGGUCGUGUGUCCGGCAAAAUGCUGAGUCCUCACCUGCAGCGCGCCGCGAAGGACUACAUUAAUUCCAACAAAUUCCGUGUUUCCUACAAGGGGCAGCGCAGGACCAACCAGAGUGCUAAGGAGGUGCUGUGUCAUAUGAAAGACCUGGCCCGGCCCAAAGCAUUGGACGGGUCGGAGCAGCCCUUCUCCUCACUCGGGUGGACUAGUUUUGUGCCUUCUUUUCCCCUGGAGCAGCUGCCCCGCCGGCAGGGUCAGAGUAGCUACAAGACCUGUGCGGUGGUCGCCUCGGCUGGUUCUAUCCUGCGCUCAGGACUGGGUAAAGAGAUCGAUACUCAUGAGGCAGUGUUACGGUUCAACGCUGCACCGACAGAGGGAUACGAGAAAGACGUGGGGAGCAAAACCACCAUCCGCAUCAUCAACUCACAGAUCGUGGCCCAUCCUAAGCAUCGAUUCAAGACGAGCUCAAUCUAUAAGAAUGUGACUCUGUUGGCCUGGGAUCCUGCACCUUACGCCCUCGACUUACACAAGUGGUAUGCCAGUCCAGACUACAACCUGUUUGGUCCGUACACGGAGUACCGCAAGCUCUAUCCCGACCAGCCCUUUUACAUCCUUCACCCCAGCUAUGUGUGGGCUCUCUGGGAUGUGAUUCAGGGCAACACUCAGGAGAAUAUCCAGCCCAACCCUCCCUCGUCUGGCUUCAUGGGCAUCCUCCUGAUGAUGGCGCUAUGCGAGCAGGUGCAUGUCUACGAGUUCAUUCCCUCCAUGAGGCAGACGGACCUGUGCCACUACCAUGAGCGUUAUUAUGAUGUUGCCUGUACACUGGGUGCCUACCAUCCCCUCCUGUUCGAGAAGAGCCUCAUCCAGCGGAUCAACACGGGCACCGAGAGUGACCUCCGGAGGAAGGGACGGGUCACUCUUCCGGGCUUCAGCACCGUCAACUGUGACAUCUGAGAUAUGAAACUGAACCUCUGAGCCUGAACACACACACUCACUCCGGCCUUUUCUGGCUGAGUAAGGGAGAGGUGCAAUAAAGCCACUGGAGACAAGGAGGCUGGAGCUUACAGGUUUCCAAUUAGACCCAUGAAGAACAUAAGCCAUAGCCCUCCAGGAAGGGAUC